AGUACAUACAUUCAAACGUCACUGAUCUGUCAUGAUCGAACAGUAAUUAUUCAUUCUUUGUCAAGUGUGUACAUGUUUUGGUUUUCUGUUUAUUUAUUUUCGUGUUAAAAUAAAAGAAAAAUUAAUGUUUCACUAAAUCCAUCCGGUAGAUUGUGAUGGCCAAUAUCCAAAAUUACAUGAAUGAUAACAGUAGCCGAAUUAAAAAAUUGUUUCUCGUAAUUUUAGUCUAUUUAGUGAAUAUUUCAAUUUGUUAAGAUUGUUCGCCUUUUUGGAAUUACUUUUUUUGGUGACUUGGUGCAGUGCAGAUUAAUAACAUCAUGACGGAAUCCAAAACGACCAUUUUAAUAUUCACCAGUGUCCUUUCAAUAGUUUUAUUAGCACAUUUAGUUACAUCAUGUAACGAACAAGUGUGUGCCAGUGUGGUAUCAAAAUGUAUGCUAACACAAAGUUGUAGAUGUGAUCUGAAGAACUGUUCCUGUUGCAAGGAAUGUUUUAAUUGUUUGAGUUAUUUAUACAGUGAAUGUUGCAGUUGUGUCGACAUGUGUCCGAAGCCGAAUGAAACACGAUCGGGCUUAUCGACUCAAUCGCAUGUGGAAGAGCUGGAGGGUAUUCCUGGAUUGUUUAAGGCGUUGACGGAUGUUGCCGAUGAAGAGGAAAAGUGGUCAACAUUUUCCUUUCCAGUCGAUUUUGAUGCAGCCCUUUAUGGGGCGAAAUUAGACAGAGAUUUUAAGUUUUUCUUACAUUCAACGGAUCAAGAGCUUGAUGCAACAAUAAAAGAGCGAGAAAACAUCAUCACGUACAAUUGUACUGUGGCAUACAUGUCGCAGUGCUUGUCGUGGAACAAAUGCAAGACGAAUUGUCAAAGUAUGGGCAGUAGUAGCUAUCGGUGGUUUCACGACGGCUGUUGCGAGUGUGUAGGAUCAACGUGUAUAAACUAUGGAAUUAAUGAGAGUAGAUGUACUGCUUGUCCGGAAACGAAAGACGAUGACUUGGAGGAUAUGCCCGACGAAGACGAAUUAGAUUUUGGAGAAGGCAAUGGACCAUUGGAUGUUGACACGAAUAUCUGAUUAUUGGAUAUUGAAUGUUUGAUACGCGGUUUUUCUAAGAAUAUUUCAUUUUUUUGUGAAAUUGUCUAUCACCAUCAUCACCAUCUUUAUCAUCACCAUCAUCUAUACCAUCAUCGAUGACGAUUAAUAUGGCGAUGAUAAUGAUGAUGAUAGAAGAGAUGAUGAUGAUAGACAAUUUUUGUAAAAUUGUCACGCCCCAGGAACAAGAUUCUAUGUUUUUUGUAGAAAUGUAUAAAUUUGAGUUGAUUGUCGAUUCUAACAAUAACUUGCCAAAAACACAAAACACAAAAAAAAACUUACGCAAUGUUUACGUAUACUUCAUAUAUAAUGUGCCUUAAUGACUAACAUUCCAUCCAUUUUUAUAAUAAACAUGACCGUCCUAGCGCUAUGACGGAGAAAAUGCGUUAACAGUUCAUUUGAAUUCAAUUUUCGACGAUAUUAAAACGUUUUAGCCUUUAAAACAUCAAAUCAUUACUUUGUGAACUGAAAUGAGUGUCACUUCUCCAAAAUCGAUCUUGCGAAGCAUUUAUACUCUUCUCGGACAACCGAAACUACCAUUAAACAGUUACUGGAAGAGUCGUUUUUUAAGUUAUUUAAAUUACACAACGCCAUAUCAUGUGCCAAAUUAAAUACUGUUCUGUUGGUUGACGAACAAAAUAAAAAAGAAUUUUUAUGUAAAAUGAGGACGAAAAAUGUCAAAUUUGAAUAAUGUAAAGCUGGUCGAUUUCAGUGAUUCGGCUGGAAAUAUGUGUAGUUGAUCCACAAACGAUUUUUGUUAGAGAAUCACUGUGAUCUUCUUGAUAGUUCAUACGAUUUUCAAUCACCAUGGAAGGUCAUGUUUGUGCUAAGUUUAAAAUUUGGAUAGCAAAAUUGUGAGUCGAAAUAGACGAUGAAUAUAAAAAAUACUUUA